CAUUUUCUCCCAGUUCAUCCUUCGACCUAUUAUAGCCCCAGACACCGUCAUACCAGAUGAACCUCUCUCUAUACAGCUUGAACGCAUUCAUAAUAACCGAUAGCGAGGGACACCGCGUCUUGGCCAAGUACUACCGACCUAAAAGCCAUCCCAAUGGCGAAUCGAAGGAAUUCUUGACAUUGAAGGAGCAGAAAGCAUUUGAAAAGGGACUUUGGCAAAAGACGAAAAAGCCCGGAGGUGACAUUAUCUUGUACGACGGACACCUGGCGGUGUACAAGCAUUCCCUCGACCUUAUUAUCUAUUUCAUCGCCGGCCCAUCAGAGAACGAGCUCAUGAUCAUGUUAGCUUUGAAUUCGCUCACGGACGCGCUGUCUCUGCUGUUACGGGGUCAGUUGGAAAAGAGAGGUGUUUUGGAGAACUUGGACCUAGUCCUACUUUGUUUAGACGAAACAGUUGACGAUGGAAUCAUUGUCGACACAGACGCUGCGGCAAUAGCAUCGCGCGUCAGCCGCUCACGACUGGAUACCACUGAGAUCACUAUCAACGAGCAGACAAUAAUGAAUGCUUACCAAACAGUGAGGGACAGGGUUGCCCAGAGAAUCGGACAGUUGUAGACAGUAGAUGAAAAUGCGUUGUCGAAGACUAGGAUUCUAGGUGUUUAAACCCGCACGGGACUGUAUAAGGUGGCUUCUGUGUAUUAUGCUUAACGGUGAAGUACUUUUCAGUUAUAAAAUGCCUCGGGCAUCCGGAUC